AUGUUGUCAGACUUCGAUAUUUUAGAAGAACUAGAUAAUAUAUUAGCUAACGAAGAGUCAGAUGAUGAGUUCCUUGACGAUUUGUGUUUUGAUGAUGAUGAUUCAGCUGCAUUGGCAUCGCCACCUCUGUCAUGCCGUAACAGAGAAGAACAAAUUCAAUCAUAUGAUGAUAAUAUCGAACAAGGUCUACCAGGAACAUCUGAAACUUAUUUAGACGUGCCAGUUGCUCAACACAUUACUGGUUGUGGAGUUCAAAAACAGGAAUUUGGGUUGAGUGAUGACUCCCUUAUUUCAGAUUUUUUUGAAGCAUUUAUGUCAGAAUUUAUCCUUGGAAAAGUGGCGUUUGAAACCAAUCGGUACGCAGAGCAAUAUUUAAAAAAAGAAGAUAUAGCCCCAAAAUCGAGAAUGAAAUAUUGGAAGCCAACAAAUAUUGGAGAACUUUAUGUGUUUUUAGCUACAAGUAUGCUCAUGGCUCGUAACAAAAAGCUAGAAAUAAAUGAAUAUUGGUCAACAGAUCCACUUCUAAUGUCACCCAUUUUCAGUAAAAUUUUGAGCAGAGAUAGGUAUCUAUUAAUUUUACGUAUGUUACACUUUUGUAAUAAUGAAAAUCAAAAAUCUGGAGAUAGACUUUUUAAAUUAGAUGUGGUAUUGGAUGAAAUCCGUGCCAAUUUCAAGGCUGGUAUGGUACCAUUUCAGAAUUUAGUAAUCGAUGAAAGUUUAGUGUUGUGGAAAGGGAGGUUAAGUUUUAAGCAGUUUAUAAAGUCUAAAAGGCAUCGCUUUGGAGUAAAACUGUUCGUAUUAUGCGAUGUUGAAACCGAUUUUAUUUUAGAUAUUAUAAUUUAUACUGGUGCUGAAACUCGUCUAUUGCAAUGUGAUAAGAACAUAGGCAUAUCUGGGGCAGUUGUUAUGACUUUAAUGGCACCACAUCUAAAAAAAGGACAUAACUUGUACACAGAUAACUGGUACACCUCACCUAUUUUAUGUCAACAUCUAUACAAAAAAAAAACAACAUUAACUGGGACUGUCAGGAAAAAUAGAAGAGGGAUGCCUGAUUUAAAAAAAAAAUUAAAACUAGGUGAAGUACAGAGUAGUCACACACAAAGAAUGAUGGCACUGAAGUGGUUGGAUAGAAGGGAAGUCUAUAUGUUAUCGUCAUUAUAUGAUUCUAGUUCAGCCAGCACAAACAAAAUUGACAGAGCUAGUGGUAAAGUUGUAAAAAAACCUACAUGUAUUGUAAAUUAUAAUGCAUGCAUGGGAAAUAUUGAUAAAUGUGAUAUGCUGCUUAGUUCUGUUGAAUGUGUACGAAAAACCAUGAAGUGGUAUAAAAAAAUAUUCUUUCAUUUAGUUGAUUUAUAUCUUCUAAAUUCUUUUUCGGCAUAUAAAACUGUAAGUGGCAAGAAUAUACCAAUAGCAAAUUUUCAAUUAGAACUUAUUAGACAGCUUUUGGAUAAAUAUGGAAAAUAUAAUAAUAGUCCUAAUAGAGGGAGAGCAAGUACAAAAGAUGAGCCAACUCGACUUACAGCCCGUCAUUUUCCAACAGAUGUGCCUAAAAAUGAAGUUGGAAAAGCUAACCGAAGAAAAUGUAUAGUAUGCUCUAAAAAUAAUAAAAGAAAAGACACAUUAUAUAUGUGUGAUUUAUGUGAUGUUGGAUUAUGUGUAACACCUUGUUUUGGUAUUUACCAUACAAAAACCAAUUACAAAGCUACUCAAUUAUUAUAUUAA